AUGUUGAUUUCAACCCGUUUAGACUAUCAAGCACCUGAAUUUUCAAUUUUUUCGUUCAGAAAACCAAUUGAGCAAGACCUAAGAGUCAAAUACAAAACGGAGAUAUGCAAAAAUUGGCUUAAUAGCCAAUGCCAUUUCGGUGAUAAUUGCAUGUUCGCCCAUGGAAAAGAAGAGCUGAGAAAGAAAUUCAUCCAAAUGCCUCAGCAAUGCAAAAGCUUUUCAGAGACAGGUUUUUGCGUAUAUGGAGAUAGGUGCCAAUUUAAGCAUGUGCCUGCUUUAAAGCAGAGGCUGCCUAUUUUUAUUGCUAUUUGUAAAAAAGGAAAGUUGGAAGAAAAGCUAGCUCCUAACUCCCCCCUCUGUGAGCGAACAAAACCAUUAUAAAAAUCCCUAUUUUCUGACGAAAAAACCCACCCAUGAGUAGACAAAAAUUUUUUUGAUAUACAAAUAUUUAUAAAUAAAAUGGCAUUCGGUUCGAGAGAAAUUAGCUCUGCUAAUUUUCUCUCCCUCAUGGAAUUUUAUUUAUGGGGUUGGGUUUUCUCUCGAGAACUUCUGCACAGCAAUAGCUGUUUAACUUUGGGGAUAACCAAAGGAGCAGCUCCUCAGUGCGUUCGAGAUUUCGGAGUUUAACCCCUCAUCACAUCCGCACGGAGGAUGAUCCUUAGGCGGAACACGCACAGGAGCUGAGUCGAGACAGAGCGACGGCAACGCGCCGGGUGAGAUGUGCGGCGGCUGGAGGCGAAGCGUCGAUAGAAGGCUUGGCCGGUUGGGCUGACCACCGCGAUUCCAAGAUGGCUCCGUGACGUCACCAGUUUAGCUAAAAGGUCCAUUUUUUGGGUCUGCGGCACUAGACACCUUAAAUACCGAAUAAUUAAGUUUAAGUUUAAGAUAUACAAAUAUUUAAUGAAAAAAAAAUUGAUAUAUAAGUGAUUAUUAGUAUAAUGAGAUCUAACAAUUUGCGUUUUAAAACAUAAAUUUUAAAAAUUAUAUAUUAAUAUUUGCUUUCCAAUUUUUGCGAAGUGGGGAUUUUUUUAAAUUUCGAAAAAAAAAUUAACCCUGAGCGAACAAGUUUUUUUGUUCGCUCACGGAGGAGGGGGAGUAAGUAA